ACGAAUUUUCCCGAUUAUAUGAAUACAUGACCUCCUUGCUGUCAUCCUCGAUCACCAUCGCCUCUAUUUCGCAUUGCAACCGUUUUGGUUCAAUUACUCUUCCUGUCUCUGUUACUGCUCUUGAGUCUUGAAUUAUUUUGCUUUGGCAAGAGAUGAUAUUAGGUGGAGGUCCUAAGAAAAGACAACGCGUGGGAAGCAGCAGUCGCCUCUCCGCGUUCGCUGACAUCGAAUUCUCCCGAACCGACGCUACCUUGACGGAAAUCUCCCACAAUCCCUUGGGCUUUCGCCGCCUCCAUCUCCCCUCCUCCUCCUCCUCCUCUAGCAGCUUCAAUAAUCCCGCCACUGCCGACAUUAUUCUCCGUCUCUACCUCGAACCCUCUCCUUUCGAUCCCGAUCCCGAUCCCGAUUUAGUUUCCUCCGUCGGUUCGGCCGAUGAGGAGGACAUCCAGCUUCACCUUCAUUCAAAUGUCCUUCGCCGCUCCAAAUACUUCUCCGCCCUUUUGUCCGACCGGUGCAAAAGGAAAUCCGCCGACGAUUCCUCCGAUGUCUCUGAUGGGAUUAUCCGUCUCAAUUUGAAGGUUCCGUCCUCGGUUGGAUCAAUCCACACUCAUCUCACUGUUCUCCAACUCCUUUACACCAAUGAUUUCUCCAGCGUCAUUGGUAGUGCCUCCGCUGCCCUGGAGAUCCUCCCUGUCGCCCUCGAGCUUCUCUUCGAGGAUUGUGUCAAGGCUUGCGUUCGAUUCCUGGAAGCCGUACCCUGGACUGAAGAGGAAGAAAAGAUGGUUCUUAGUUUAAUUCCCUUUCUCAGGGAGGAGGAGUCUCGGGAACUUCUUGCUAGGGUUUCGCCCGCCAAUAGCAAUUCAUCAGAGGACAUGCUCCAUGGAUUGAUUCUCACGGCCAUUCAUAGCUAUCCCAACAUGGCUUUUGUGAAGGCUUUCGUGGCGAAGCUUCUGAGGGAUUUCUCGUCCAAGGAUUCGGCAAGGAGGGUGUUGGAUCGGGCAUUUGAGACUAGCUUGAGGAUUGUGAAGGAGUCGCUGGAGGAGUAUUCCAGCCCAGAUUUUAGAGGAGAUCACAACGAGACGGAAGCAAUUCAGCGAUUAAAUCUGCACAAAGCAAUGACUAAUGGGAGGCAUUUGUUGUGGUUGGUCGAGAGGAUGAUUGAAUUAAGAGUGGCUGAUACCGCCGUGAAGGUAUGGAGCGACCAAGCAUCUUUCACAGCUGAUCUGCAGAGGGCAUUUCGUGACGAUGCAUGGAGGAAUAUCGUGCCAGGCCUUCCAGCUGUCAUACUCAGAUGCACCUAUAAGCUUGCAAAUGCUGUUGCCACUGGCUCGAUUCUGGCUGUUAGGCAGGUUAGGAUGAAGCUUGUGAAGGAUUGGCUACCAGUGCUGAUUGUUUGCAAAGACAACAGCUCACCAAUGCUGCCCAGUCAUAAAUCACUGUAUCAAGAACUGGAGGAGACAUUCCUUGGGAUAAUCUCAACAUUGCCCAUGUCUGAUGCACAGGGGUUGCUGCCACAGUGCCUUAGCUUCUCCACCCGUAAUGUUGAGGACUGCCCACACCUGGUCUCAGCCUUCAACACAUGGUUCCGGCGAGCAACUCGACCACCACACAGUUUUGAUUGAAAAGGAUGGGAUGGUUUGUUGCUCUUGUGAUCAUCUACUGCCGUGUGGAGGUAGGGAACAUCUGUUCUGGAGUAUUGCAUUUAGAACGAAGUAACAAAGACCAGAAAACAUUGUGUCUAUUCAAACAGUGUUGCAGAAGAAGCAAACUACUAUGUACGUUGUAGUAUAUAUUGUGCAUAUUAAAACUUUUUUAACAGUAGAUGUUGUUAAAAGGUAGAUGGACAUUCAGUUUCCCACUGUUACUGAAUACUGACACUUGCAACCUUGCCGAGGAAUAGUAAAUUCCAUUUUCAUAAUAAAGAAAGGCAGAUGGAGUUUCAUAUUCA